GUUCAGUUCGUUUUCUGCUCUGGUGUGGUUUGGUGGUCGAAGUUUGCUUGCGAUCUAAAGAUAUAUUUCGCACAAUUUUUAGUUUUAAUAAUUUUCUUUAUUCUACAAUUCGUUCAAGUUUUGCUGUCUAAUUAGUACUGAAUUAGGAAAAAAUAUUUUUGUGUUCAUUUAAGAUGAGAGAAAACAUUUGAUGAAGUUCAAUCAUGUCUGGAGAACCAACUUUAUAGUUUGCUGAAUUUUCAUCGCAUUGAGUAAACUUGGUGUUUUAUCGUGAGCUUGUAGUGGUGUAAUGUUGCGCACUCUUGCAAGAUAGUGAAGUAGCGUGAAUCAAAGUUGCACUUAGGUUUCUGCUUAAAAGAAACGAACAGCGAAUCAACUUCAAGUAUUUUUCAUACCCAUCAAAGUGACCAACUUAAACCGCAUGAUUCGUGAGAGAAAGUUUCCAUAGUGUGCGUGGAUUGCUCUAAUCCCGUAAUUGAACGAGUGUACUGUGUAUGCUAUCAUUUACGUUAGCCAAUAUUGCGUUUAGACGAAAAUGAUAAAAUCGUCUGGUCUUAUCAGUAUAUCGAUUUACAAACAGUUAAACUAGCUAGCUGGAUUUUUUGUCCUCAUGUGAUUCAAACAGUGCGCGCUAACAUUACUAUACUGCCGAUAUUUUUGUUGUGAAUUUCUGCAAUGUGUUAAGUGUAUUUCGAUAGCAUUGAAUAUUAGGCGAGAAGAGAAAAAAUAUGAACACAUAACCAAUCGUACAAAAGUCAUUCAACUUCUUGUUACUCGAGAUUGUCUGAAGGAGCACAUUCCUGUAUUGAAGGGGUAUUCGUUCAAACCUUAUGUGAAUGUGUGCGCGAAAAUUAUGACCGGCUUUUCAUGAUACAUUGCAUCUGCAGAAUUCAAUAAGUUAACUCAUAAAAGAUAAUCAGACUAACGUGUUGCACUGCUGUAUCGGAUAUACCGGUGAAAAUGGCACACAAUAAACGUCAUGAUUUCCUCAUCGUAAGUCUGAACUUGUUGAUAUUGAUGAAUCAAUGGUCAGUCUCAACAGCCGAUACGGUCCCAUCACUUGGUCAUACCGGUGGAAACAGUAGUGAAAAUCAAUUGCAAAAUGAGGGUGGUGCUGUUUCUGCCACCAAACGGAGUUGCUCUAAUGUGCAUCCACUUUUCGAACAGCGAGGUUUCGAUAGAACCAACAUGCCAACUGACCCAGUUACAGAUAGGCCGCUACGAUACUGUGAUGUGCCACCUGGGGGGACCUGUUGCACGCACACUAUCGAGAACAAACUCGCAGUGCAUGCGAAAACUCUCUUGGAACGAAAUACCAAAGACUCGAUCACCAAGCUGUCCUCAGUAUUGGGAAUCCGGGCGCAAAAAUUCAAUGACUUCUUCAAGCAGUUGCUCACAGAAUCUAAAGCUGAAUUCCAUGCAAUGUUUAAACGAACCUACGGUACAAUCUACGAGCAGAAUGCGUACGUUUUCGCUGAUCUAUUUACCGAACUGGAACGGUACUAUGCGAACGGAAAAGUUGACCUGGGGGAAGCAAUGGAUUCUUUCUUCAAUGUUCUGUACCAGAAAAUGUUCACGGUCCUCAAUUCGCAGUACACUUUCAACACCAAAUACCUCGGGUGCGUUAGCGAGCAUAUGAAAGAACUGAAACCAUUCGGAGAUGUCCCAGAUAAGCUUUCGGUUCAAAUCAAAAGGUCGUUCGUAGCGACACGUACAUUUGCUCAGGCGUUAAACUCGGCUGCCGAUGUCGCCAAGAAUAUGGUGAAUGUACGGUUAACAGCUGAGUGCACAGCAGCGUUGACAAAAAUGAGCACGUGUAAUACUUGUGCAGGAUUUCUGGAAAAACCGUGUACGUCUUAUUGCGUAAACGUGAUGAAGGGUUGUCUGCAAAAUUACCUUGAAUUGGACGCAGAAUGGGAUUCGUUUGUGGCCACGAUGGAACGCGUGUCCGAUCGAUUGCUGGGACCCUUCAAUAUUGUGAUGGUUGUUGAACCGAUUAAUAUUAAAAUCUCAGAGGCCAUCAUGAACUUUCAGGAAACUGGCCAAGAUAUUUCCAAUCGUGUGUUUCAAGGAUGUGGAAAACCUGCUCUUGGUCGUCGAAGAAGAUCAGCAGGAUUAGGCUCUUUCUCCGAAUUGAAAUCGAUAGGAAAUGGACGAGACUUCAAACAAGCAGUGACCAAAACGCAUGCACAAGAUGAUAGCGACAUUUUUAUUUUUGACGAAGAAAGUGUAUUCAGCGAUAGACAGAAGAGGUCAGCACAGGAUUCGUCUAGUCACGAAUUAAAAUACGAACCGGUGCAAUUCUCCAAUGGAGAGAUUCAAUUCACGAACAACAACAGUCCCCCUAGUCAUCACCAAAUACAGACUGAAAAUACCAAUACCAACCGAAGCAACCGAAGAAAGAACAAUCGGAAGCAGACUGAGGACGAAGAUGGCAAUCGAGAGCCAAUCGAUCGGCUAGUAAAAGACAUUCGGCAGCGAGUGAAAGAUUCUAAACGAUUCUGGUUUAAUUUGCCGUACAUGUUGUGUAAUAAUGAAGACGUGGCCGCCCUUCCCAGUAGCGAUGGCAGUUGUUGGACUGGGCACACCAUUGAUCGCUAUAUUCACGCUGUGGCUUCCGAGGCAGAUAAGAAUCCGGAAUUCCCAAACCGUUCGGUAAACAAUCGGCAAAGUGCAAUAGUACAACAACAACUAUAUACGCUACGUACUGCUAUUAGCCAGCUACGUAAUGCUUAUAACGGACAUGACGUGGAAUGGACUGACCAAGAGGACAAUUACUAUGGAAGUGGGUCCGGUGGCGGUAGCGGCUUUGACGAGGACGAAGAAGCUGGGUCUGGUCUUGGACCAUGGCCAGAAGUAGACGAACGAUCGCACGUGCCUGGCGUAUCAGGACAGCCGAAUGGUGCUGGUGAAACGGAGAAUACCAGUAACAAUAGUGAUUUCGAGUAUACCAGUCAUAAAACAACGCCGGUCGCGGAGGGAGGCAGCAGUAGUAGUGGCGGAAAAUCCACUACUACCGGUAGUGGCAGCGCAAGAGUUCCACAAAUGUCGAUACGGAGAGCCUUGCUGCACUUCUUCCUGCCGCUUGUGAUGGCUUGGUUUGGCGGAUUGUUUUCCGAUUUGCUGUGAUUUGUUUAAAAGUAGCUAUACAAUAUGUAUAUUUUAAAUCGUAUUGUUUUUAACUUAUACCAACCAUCCAAAAGUUUCGUGGAAUGUAAGGACAGGUUUGACAGAGAAUGUUAAAAAAGAGAUGUGCAUAUAUUUAUAGAUAGAUGCUCUUUUUGAAAGUUUCGGAUUGUAAGUUUGUUGCUGUACACGUUCCAAAUGUGAUGAGAUUCUUCCGGGCAGCUUGAUAUCACUUGCAGUCAACCUUUAAUACGUAACCAAUCAUGGUUAGACUCCUCAAUUUUGUCUAAUUGUAUGUAAGCUUUGAAACCGAUAAGUAGCUAACAUGUUUGUGUUUCUAUGUCCAAGUAAGUAGGAAAAUGUUUUGAAAUUUAGUUACUUAUUUUUAUACUAAGGCGGUGAGACACAAUAUAUGUCACAUUUAUUUAUCUAACAAAUCGCGAACAAGAUGUUCAAAACAUAAAUAACCGAGAAAGUAUUUGUCAAACUACUCAAAUAGGUAUUCGAUCAUUUCCCAGUGUUAUAUAAUAGGUAAUACCGAUAUCUUGUACAAUGAUUACUUAACUUUCCGACACAUGCAACGCGCAAUUGUAAUAGUAAGUACAUAUUGCAUUUAGAAACACCGCCAUUGUGUAACGCCAUUCCUUCUUUGCUCAAAUUUUGUUGCAAACAUUUUACUUAAAUGCGAAGGGAGCAGAGGUUGAAAUGCGAUUUCAUUAUUAAUAUUUAGGCCUUAUAACAACUCUAGUCAAAUUAAAUAGAAAACUUCUCCUUCCUUCGCGUAUACAAAGGAUCUGUUACAUAACUCCUUUGCUUCCUUUUUCCUUAAGCUAGAUUCAGUUCUUUUAACAAUAGCUCUGCUGUAAUCAAAUCUCAUUCGACUGCCCAUGGAAAGCUACUUAUUUGCCAACAAAAAGCCACUAGUACUGUUUUACGUACAGUUAACAACCCUGUAAAUAAUUGAUUUAAGUUAAUUAGUUAGCAUAACAAAACAAAUAACGUGCAGAGUAUGUGAGCAAACGUGAGAUCCUAGAAAUAUUUAUUAACUUCCUUCAAUUGGUAAUAUAUUUUAAUUUAUGUAGACAAAAUUUAUGUUUAUUUAGCGCUAGAUACCUUCCUGAAACAAAAUUUAAGUUUGAAUUGAAAGCAAUUGGAUACACUUCACGGCUCAUUCGCCAGUUAAAUCUCAUAAACGAAUCCUAUUGCAAAAAAAAAAUCGUCUCCUUGUGACUUGUAUGAUAAAACGCUGCAUUAUUGAUACAGGGGUUAUAGUAUUAUAAGAUAUAGUUCGACGCAUUUUUACAGAACAUGAGUCGAGCGUUUGCUGAGAUAGGUAUGGAUUGUACAAACGCAAAACCUUCUUAGUAAAUUUUGAUAAAACAGGCGAUUGUGGCAACCUCCCUUUCCUGCUGGUACAAUAAUCGUGUAGUGAUAGAAGACUCAUAUCAAAGUACCUUUCUAGAUCUUCAACUGGCAGUAUGAGUAACGGAACGCGAAUGUCGCACAAGCUGAAAUAAAGUAGGUUACAUUGAUUGUUGUAUCCCAUUUUUAUCUAUACGACAGUGUGCAUCAGUGAGAAACAAUUGUAUGGUGAUACCGAACUUAGAAUAUGUAAUACAAAUUGUCACUGAAGAGUAUUAACUAUAUGAAAGUAUAUGCAAAUAUGCGAAAUAAAACCAAUUUAUAAAAA